AUGCAGAUUGACCUUACAGAAGCACAGGAAACUGUACCUUCACGAUAUCUACAUCUGGAUGCAGAGAAUGAAGUUCUUCAACUUCAACAGACAUUAUUCUCUAUGAAAGCAAUACAAAAGCAAUGUGAAACACUACAGAAGAAUAAGAAGCAGCUGAAACAAGAAGUAGUAAACCUCAAAAGUUAUAUGGAAAGAAAUAGGUUAGAACGUGGUGAAGCUGAACGGCAUAAACUGUUGAUUGAAGAAAGAGCAAGGAAGGAGAUAGAAGAAAAAUUAAACGAAGCCAUUCUCACCUUGCAGAAACAAGCAGCAGUAUCUCAUGAACAGUUAGUACAGUUAAGGGAGGAUAAUACUACUUCAAUAAAAACUCAGAUGGAACUCAGAAUCAAAGAUCUGGAAUCUGAAAUCUCCAGAAUAAAAACUUCGCAAGCCAACUUUAAUAAAACCGAAUUGGAAAGAUAUAAGGAACUCUACCUAGAAGAAGUAAAAGUUAGAGAAUCCUUGUCAAAUGAACUCAGUAGAGCUAAUGAGAUGAUAGCAGAGGUCAGUACGCAACUUACUGUGGAGAAAGAGCAGACCAGAUCCAGAUCUCUAUUCACUGCUUAUGCUACAAGGCCAGUCCUAGAGUCACCUUGCGUUGGAAAUCUUAAUGCUAGUGAAGGUCUCAACAGAAAACAUAUUCCAAGAAAAAAGAGGUCUGCUCUUAAGGACAUGGAGAGCUACUUGUUGAAGAUGCAGCAGAAGUUGCAAAAUGAUCUAACUGCAGAAGUAGCAGCUGCUACUAAAUAUGGAUCCUAUAUAGCUUCUUCUCUAGGAUUUACACACAAGGAAAAUCUGAAUCAAGAUCCAGUUUUGGAAGUAACAAAAGAAUAUGCACAGAUUUUUAAGAAGAAAAUACAUACUCUGAAAGAUAAGGCAAUUUUAUUUGGGCUAUUCACAUGAUAUUUUGUUUCCCAUUAAAUAUAUGAUGUGAACAUUUUUACUAAAGGGAAAUAUUCUAUAUUA